AUGUCAGAUACUGAUACUUCCGACAAGAUUCAGCAUUCGCGCAGGCUGUGUGACACGCUACCUAGGUGCCAAAACAGAUUGGGAGGAAACAUCCGCUUGUUAAAAAUUAUUCCGUUGCAGCACGAAUCACAAUAUUUGCCCAAAUAUGACGUACAGAAUGGUUAUAUACACACAAGCAUCAUAACUAGCGUAUGCAUCGUAGUCCGGAAGAUGACCUUGAUCCGGAUUCGGGAGCAUACCGUGCUAUCAGCUUACAGAAUAACCAUGAUGCGAAAACGGCAACGUAUCGAGAAAGCGCGGAGUCCAACACACUACCUUGGCACAAAAGGUAGCAAUGGUAGCGUACAAAAAGGUAACAAACGAAAAUAA